UGGAACAGAUAGUACACCAAUGGGACACACUCCCUAUCAUUUCUAUGAUUUCUUUCUAUAUAACCAGCCAUUCCAUAACAAUCUAGUCCCACUUCCUUUCAGACCUCUGGUUUUGCAUUUCAUUUUGCAGUUGUUGAAUCUUGUAAUGGGGAGAAGCAACAAGGCAAAUCAGUUAGCCCAGCUUGUUCUGCUGGAAAAGAUCAUGAGGAGGUGUCACAGAGUAGCCACUGCUAAGAAGGCUGCACUUUCUUUAAGAAAUGGUGGGUAUUUCAAUUUGAGAAGUGUGAAUGAAGAGAAGGGAAAGGGAAUUCCUUCAGAUGUUCCAAAGGGCCACGUUCCAGUCUAUGUUGGGAAUGAUCGGAGCAGAUUCAUCAUCCCUGCAACUCAUUUAAAUCACCCACUUUUCCGUCAGUUGUUGGACAAAGCAGAGGAGGAUUUGGGAUUCGAUCAUGACAUGGGUCUCUUCAUUCCCUGCGAGGAAAGUGCUUUUGAAUGCCUGGUUUCUCUGCUGGAUGGCCGGAAAUCUAACAGAUUGAUAGAGUUAAGAAAGUAGUCCAGUUACAGAACUCUUUGUUCUUGGAUUUUUGACUUUUCUGAUUGAAAUGUUCACAACAAAAAUCUAUAUGAUCUAAUCCAGAAAUUGAUAUACUGAUGAUUACUGACUGUGAGAACUUAGUGAAUCUGACAAUGCUUUCAUUUUUUCUGGUGUAAUUCAAGGGUUUUAGUUUACAGAUUGGAGUAGCCUGAAUUUUGAGCUGCUGUUUUUUUUUUCCAGCCAAUUGGGCAACCCUCCUCUGUACAUAAACGAACGACUGGUGAAGAUUCACCGACAAAAAAAUUCCAGAAUGUAUGCUCGACCUUGUAUUAAUUAUUUGGUUUUGACAGAAUAAUAUAUAUGGAUUGUGCAUUUGCCCUUUUA